AUGGUGGACACUGCCUCGAAGCAUCGAGCUGAGUUUGCCUUUGCUCAGCUUGCGAACGAGAGAUCUCUGACAUCUCUUCGUGACGAGCUAAGGGUAGCUCGUGGGAUUGUUGAUCGGUCUCGGGCUGAGAUAACUGCUCUUCAGACCCUUGUUGAUGCCCACCAUCGGGAGCACAAGGCUCUCUGCGAGAUGCUUGAGCGCAAGGGCGUUCUUCAUCGGAAGAAGCAGCGUACUGAUGGUACGGCUUAA